UAGUAUCAAAUUGAUAAUGUAUAAUAUAAUAUGGUAUAAACAGGGAGGAAAUUUCCUCUUUGAAAGUACAUACAUAUGUAAUCAUAUAUGAGCUACUUCUUUAAUGAUUUAACAGAUGGCGCCACUAUUUUGUCGACAACCUACAAAACGCUACUAUAUCUAAUGAUGUAUAAAUCUUAUUAAAUACGAUUAAAAACAAUGGAUGCAUAUGAGCUAUUUCGAAAACUUUCUACUGGUGCAAAAUUUGAUAAAAAGCGUUUUCAAGUUGAUGCACAAAGAUUUCAGCUUGUCAACAAACAAUCUGAAAAUGGAGUUAACGAUGAUAAAAUAAACAUUAAAGCCUUUGAUAACAUAAAUCAUUCAACAUUAUGUGAGAAAAGAAAAUAUGAUGAGGUCGAGAAAGAAACUGAAAAUAUUAAUGACUUGACAUUGCUUGAUGGAAUGUCUAUUCCUCAAAAUAAAAAUAAAAAGUGUAAAGUAGCUUUAACUGAAGAGAAACGGUUAAAGUUAGAAAAAGAAAAGAUUAAUCAAUUUCGUAAUCAUCAUCACAUAAGUGUCACAGGUAAUUGUAUACCUAAACCUAUCUCAGAAUUUAUUGAACUAUCAACAACUUAUAAUAUAUCUGAAAAAUUAAUACAUAAUAUUACAAGUUGUGGUUAUAAAUGUCCUACUCCAAUUCAAAUGCAAGCUAUACCCAUCAUGCUCCAAGGUAGAAAUGUACUAGCUUGCGCCCCAACUGGAUCUGGAAAAACAGCUGCAUUUCUGUUACCUAUAAUUCACUAUUUAGGUGGACCAGAAAAGAAAGGAUUUAGAGCUGUUAUAUUAAGCCCAACAAGAGAAUUAGCAAAACAAACAUAUAGAGAAUGUUUGCGUCUUAGCGAAGGAUAUAAUUUUAGAGUUCAUAUUAUAAGUAAAGUUAAUCAAGCAUUAAACAAAUAUGGACCUAAAAGUUCACAGAAAUUUGAUAUAUUAAUCACUACACCAAAAAGAAUAAUAUAUCUGUUGAAUCAGGAUCCACCAGCUAUUUCUUUUAGCAAUGUUGAAUGGUUAAUUGUGGAUGAAGUAGAUAAACUCUUUGAGGAUGGGACAAGGUGCUUCAGAGACCAGUUAGAAACAAUUUCAAAGUCAUGUACAAAUGAAAACUUACAUAAAGCAAUGUUUAGUGCAACCAAUACUCCUAUAGUGACCAAAUGGUGUAGACGUAAUCUGAAAGGUCUUAUAACAGUUACUGUUGGGCACAGGAAUGCUGCAACAGACUUAGUAGAACAAGAAUUGUUAUUUGUUGGCGCAGAGAGAGGAAAACUUAUGGCACUUCGAAAUAUUAUUCAAAAGGGAGUAUUACCACCUGUACUAGUAUUUGUGCAAAGCAAGGAAAGAGCACAAGAAUUAUUUAACGAACUUAUAUAUGAUGGAGUCAAUGUUGAUGUUAUUCACGCUGAUAGAACACAAACGCAGCGAGACAAUGUCGUUCGUUGUUUUAGAGAAGGAAAAAUAUGGGUAUUAAUAUGUACAGAAUUAAUGGCAAGAGGUAUUGAUUUCAAAGGUGUCAAUCUUGUUAUUAAUUACGAUUUCCCACCAUCUGCUAUUUCAUAUGUUCAUAGAAUUGGUCGCACUGGUAGAGCUGGACAUAAAGGAAAAGCAAUUACUUUUUUUACUGUACAAGAUACUACAAAUUUGAGGAGUAUAGCUACUAUCAUGCGAGAAUCUGGUUGUAAUGUUCCUGAUUAUAUGUUAGCCAUGAAAAAACAUAGUAAAAGGGAAAGACGGAAAAAUGAACGCAAGGCUCCUAGUAGAGAAAGGAUAUCAACUGUACCUACAUUCAAAUCUGCAGAAACAUUUAAAAAAAGAAAAGUUGCUAUAAACGAUUCCAAAAAGAAAUAUGAAUUAAAAAGUAAAGAGAAUAAAGAUAAAAAAAUAAAUACAAAACAUUUAAAAAAAAGAGAAAUAGAUAAACAACAUAACUUAAAAAAGAAAGAAGAAUGACUUAAAAAAUUUCUGAAUAAAAUGUGAGUAAAAGAAAUAGUCUUAUAUAUACUUAAUAUCGUGUAUAUUAACCGAUACAUAUUGUAAACUAGUAAAAAAUUUAUAAUCAUAUUACAUGUGAAGUAAAUUAUUAAUUAUUGUAUAAAUGAUAAAAUAUUUUAAAUACAUAUGUAUAAAC